UCACCAUAACGCGACGGAUCCUCACAAAGGUUUUAAUAAUAUGGCUAACAACUGUGUUGUGUUGAAAACAAAAGAGAGAAAACAGAUUUUCCACAGCAGCUUUAAAUGAUAAAUGCUUUUUGGGUAGGACUUUAGGGGCAGCAACACGAUGAGGAUUCAGCUGAAGGGUCCUGGUCUUGCAGCCAACCUGCUUGCCGAACUCAAUCGCUGCCGCCAAACGCGCCAGUAUUGUGACGUGUUCCUGCAAGUCAGCAGCCGGACGUUUGCAGCACACCGGGCUGUUCUCGCCUGCGCUGGGACGUACUUCCACAGCUUGUUCUCGCAGCCUCCAGCUACAGCGUCUGCUGUGUUUUCACUGGAAUUCAUCUCCCCGGUCAACUUUGAGAAAGUGCUGACAUUCGUGUACACAGGGGAGCUCUUGAUUGAUCUCAUCGAUGUGGGGGUGCUGUAUGAGCUGGCUGAGAGGCUUGGUGUGGGUGAACUGAUGAGAGCUUGUCAUGCCACAUUUCCUGACCUGCAGGCCUCUGUGUCUGCUAAAGAAGGCAGCGCAGGAGACCUCCCAUUGGACCCAGUCAUGGUCAGCGCCACAUCUGCAGUGGCAGCAAUCAGUUCAACCUCAAUAUGUUCCUCCUCUGCUGCCUCCUGCUCAUCUCUGUCCUCGUCAGCCGGUCCGUCCACUGUCCCGACUCCUGCCGCCGCUCCCUCACCUGUCUUCCAAACCGGGGCAUCCAGAAAAGAAAGCAAUGAUAGAGGGACUUUAUCUGUGGACCUGAAGGCAGAAGACAUACAGUCCCAUAUCAGCUAUGGACAGAUGGCAGUUGAUCUUCAGCUACAAACAACAUCUCUGUUAACUAGCAGCAGCCUUUCUUGUGAGGUGGAGAGUGUGCUGCGUCAAAGACCAGUGCUCCAGUUGAAGACUGAACAGGACUUGGACGAUGAGGGGACAAGUAGACACAAUGAAAACUGUGGGACACCUGGUGAAGUGGUCUCUGAGAGCAGAGUGAGCUCUUUGCCUCGGAGCAGUGACCCAACUCUAUCUGACUCCUGCUCCCCCUCAGAAUCUUCCGCUGAACUCAGAGCUGAGGCCUGUGCCCCAUCAUCAUCCUCAGGAGAUCCUCCAGGGAGCCUGCAGGUGAUGUCCGUGGAGGGUGGUGUAGCAAACAAGGAGGGGGACAGCUCUCCUAUGUUUACUGAGGUACAGACAGGGCAGAGUAAGGAUGAGAAGAAGGCUCCAGAAGCUAACGGGGAGGAGCCAUGGAGACAGUUGGCAGGUGAGAUCAUUGAACUGAGUGACGAUGAGACUUACAUGGAGGACGGGGAUGAUGCGGAUGAUGACGAUGACCUUGUGUGUUUGGAGAAUGGCGAUACAAGUGAAGUAGGAAGUCAGGUCAUACGAAACAUUUUAACAUGUAAAGCCUGCUCAGCGUCGCUUCCUGCAGACCCGUUUUUUAUCAGGAAACAUGGUGAGAGCCACCUGACGGAGCUGGGGCUCUGUAAGGUGUGUGGAUCCUCGUUUCCAGACCGCACCGCCGGCGUCUGCCACGUCAUGACCCAUGUUGGGGUUCAGCUCUUCACCUGUGAUAUGUGCCAUGCCCAGUUCUGCAGCCAAAACAAGCUACUGCGUCACCACUACCAGACAGCCUCCAGCUACAGCCUACCACAAGGGGCCCUCGUUAGCAGCAGCAGCCAGAACCUGGGUUCAGAGCUGAAGUGCUCUGUGUGUCUCAAAAUCCUCAGCAAGGGCUUCCAGACUGUCAGAGACCACCUGCUGAGCCAUGUGUGUUCCCAGAAUCUCACCUGUGGGGUGUGCCACCUUCCCCACAACUCCUUGUGCUCCCUUCUAUGGCACACUCUCACCCAUCUCUCUCUGCCCGUCUUCACCUGCCCUCACUGCGCCUGCUGCUUUGUAGAGCAACCUCUGCUGGACAGACAUAUGGUGGGUCAUGCUGAGGAGGCAACGGCUGAGGAGAGGGAGCGGUUGGAGCUGAGAGCCAACAAAGAGGGGUCAGACAGUGGUGAGGGAGGAGCUACUGCAGGAGCAGAGGAGAUGCGUUGCUUUCUGUGUCCACAGACCUUCCGCUCCUCCUCGGCUUUUCAGUUUCACCUCAGUCAGCACACCACAGAACCCCUGGGGGGUGGAGGAGGCAUAGGGGCCCAUACUUGGUCAGGCAAACGAAAAGCUGAUCAGAGUCAGGAGUGUCCUUUAUCAUCCUGCUCCUCUUCCACCUCCCCAAGGGACACAGGUGGACUUUCUAAGAUAAGCAACCUGGGUUUGGGUCUUGGGAUGGUCUUCAGUGUGCCAGAGAAGAUCUUUCAGGGACCGGUGUCCAGCAUGGCUUCUGGGGUCCUGACAAAUGGCUGCUCGGGACUGGAAGGUGCAGCUGGAGCCACAGUGGUACGUGAGAAGUGGUAUCGGUGUCGCUACUGCGGCAAACGUUUCGCCCACUCAGGAGAGUUCACCUAUCACCUCCGUAUCCACACUGGUGAGAAACCCUACCAGUGCAAAGUGUGUCUGCGCUUCUUCAGAGGUCGCUCCACUAUGAUCUGUCACCUGAAGACACACGCCGGUGCGCUCAUGUACCGCUGCACCGUGUGCGGCUUUUACUUCUCCACGCUGAAGCUGGUGUCAUCACACAUGGAGCUUCACAAAGAACAUCUGCCACCAGACUUCAACAUCGAGCAGACCUUCAUGUACAAUGACCACUCUAAAGAACCGCUGCGCCCUGUGGACAACUGAGGGACUUCCUUUUUACUGUUAAUACAGUACAUGUUCAGUCCUUUUUACCCUUUUAUUGCUUUUAUAAAUCCAUUUUGACAUAUGUGGCUUCUUUAACCAAAUAUUUUACAAGUAAGAACCUGUAAGAGGCUUGAUUCAGAGGCUAACGUUGUAGCAUCAUUUGGUUGGUGGUCCGUUGAGAUGGGUCUGGUCGGGUCUGUGUCUGUAUUUAUGCUUCUAAUUUCAAACAAAUGUUAAGUUGCACUUUUACAAACUAGCUAAAGGAAUUUAGAAACCUGCAAUUUCCUCAUGUGCCUGUCCACAAAUCAAAUAAAUAAGGCAGCUUUGUGUUGGAAGUCAUUCUAGAUGUAUGAAUCUGUCUUACAUAGAGGUUUAAAUGUGGAGGUGAGGAGGUACUGCUCCUCCGUUCCUGUGAACAAAAUGUUUUAUUGUGGCGAUUAUGCUGUUUUACACAUUUGUGGUUCUGACCUUUUAUUUUGUAUUUUCAGAGAAAAUACUGAUAAGGAAGACUGUCCUUUUUUCUACUUUGAUUUAUUGUAAAAAUUUGCUUCUUUUUUUUUGUUAAUUCAUAAAACUCCAUUUAACUUCUGUUCUUACUGAUUGUUGAUUUGAUGUUUUGAAGCCAGUUGUGCUGUGGAAUGUUGAUGUUUAAAUGCCCAUCAACAGAUUUCUAAUACUUUUGUCUUAAAGGGACAUUCCAACACUUGAGUUAAAUUUGGUCUAUGGCCAUAUUCCCCAGAGCUAGAUAAGUGGAGAAAAGCACUUUAUAACCAGCCCAGUCAAUCUCCUAAUCUGGCAGUAUCCCAUUAGCUUUAGCUUAGCAUAAACAAUGUAACUGAAUGGUACCAGCUAGUAUUUCAUGCAGAAAUUAGUGGAAAUUACUCAAUAAUGAUCUAAUUUUUCUUGACCACAAUUAUCAUAUUUAUCACAAAUGAAAAUAAUAAGAAACACAAAGAAUUACAGGAGACGAUUCAGAAAUGGGACUACAUUACAACAAAGCAUUGCUGUAAGCCACCGGUGAAAGCACAUGACACAUGAGCUGUUACUGUUCACUUUCAUUGUUUAUGCUAAAGCUAACAUAAAAAUAAUUUUCCCCACUUAUCUGACUCUGGGGAAUAUGGCAACAGACUAAAUUUUACUCAGGGGUGGAAUAUUCCUUUACCUCAUAUUUAUGACUGCAGUACAGCUAUUUAUAAUAUUUAUGUUUUAUACUGUUAAGUAGUGAGUUCUAAAUGUAGAGGUUUUAAUAAACUGAUGUUAUCACUAAA